AUGGAGGCCUGCUCUGAAAACCUUCCAACAUUUAACAGUAUUUUUAAUCUUCAUGUACCAGAGUCAGCAUCAUUGGGUGCAGCUGUGGGACGAAUUCAAGCCCAGGAUUUGGAUGUAGGCAGCAACGCACGGGUGGAGUAUGCCAUUGUUCCAGGAGAUGAGGGCAACAUGUUUGACAUCAUCUGUAAUGGUCAAAGUCAAGAAGGGAUAAUUGUUCUGAAAAACACUCUUGACUAUGAAACCCAAGCGUCCUAUACUUUCAAGGUGGAAGCAUUUAAUGCAGAGCUAGAUCCCCGUUUCCUCCAUCUGGGGCCCUUCAAGGACUCUGUGACAGUCGAAAUUAACGUACUGGAUGUGGACGAGCCUCCUGUCUUCACCACGCCUUACUAUUCUUUGGACGUGUACGAGGACACUCCCCCAGGAACCAUCAUUGGCUCAGUGACCGCUUAUGACCUGGAUGCUAGUAGCAGUGCUGUCAGAGGCAUGCCUACCUAUUCGGACCUGGAUAUCGUCUUCCAGAGGUGGUGUGUGCCGCAACAAUCUAAGUCAUCUGCACCGUGCUACGAGCAGAGACACAACUAUGACGCGGAUGGCUCUACCAAAUGUAAGGUCACAGCUCACGGGCUACGGGUGGAGGUGGUGGCUUAG